AACACAUCAAAACUGUCUCUAUGCUUAAGUAAAUAAUCUUAUUUUUAAUUGGUUAUUUAGUAAACAAAAUUGCAAAUUCUGUGUACCUUUGUUUAAAAAUUUAUUCCAGUCUAAAACUCGUAUCUUUGUGGGGGUGUAAAUAUCUAUCAGCUGAUGCAUAUAUAAUUCAUCCUACUCUGAACCAAUCAGAUUAUUAGGUUUAAUCUGUGUUGUUUUAGACAUACACACGAAGGUCACACAUCAAUCUAUAAUAACAAUAAAGCUUGCAAGAAUGACUCACAAUUUAAUUCAUGCUUAGCGUUGUAGGCUGAGUAUGGUAGCGAAGGAUUUCAUUGAAUUUUUCUCUAAAUACAGCUAUGGGAAUCGUGUAGCGGUUGAGGAUUUUUCAGAUCGCCUUAACUUAUUCACAGUUGUUUUAUUCCUCUUAUCAUGUAUAAUUGUGUCAACAAAACAAUAUUUUAUGAGUUCAAUCUCAUGUUAUGUUCCGGUAAAGCCCACGGGCGACAAUUUUAAUGCUUACCUUACGGAUUAUUGUUGGGUACAUGGUACAAUCCCUCUGAGGCCAGAUGAAAAAUUACCGGUUAAUCGUGAAGAAUGGGAUGAGUAUGAUCGUUUAAGACGUAUAACCUAUUACCAGUGGGUCCCAUUUGUUCUCGGGUUGCAAUGUAUAUUUUUCUACAUUCCACAUAUUGCAUGGCAGGCUGUAUGCGCCCAUAGAUCCGGUGGAGAUUUGUUUGCUCUUGUGAAAGCCGCUGCCGAUGCCGCAAUUUCUGAACGUGGUUCUCGUAAGAGCCAAGUUAAACGUGUGGCUGAAUUUUUGGAAGAUAUGAUUGAUGGUCAUAAGGAUUGUCGACAUGGUCGUCGUAUGAAUUUAACUAGACGUGCAUAUGACAUGUGUGGUAUAUGUGUUGUUAGUAAACGACUUGGAACAUGUCUGGUAUUUUCAUAUUUAUGUGUUAAACUCAUAACAAUUAUCAAUGCAAUUAUGCAAGUAUAUUUGAUUCAACGUUUUCUUGGUUUUUAUGCUGAUGGAAGCGCGGGACAGAAAAGUAUGCAAUUAGGGAAACCAUACGAAGCUAGCUCGGCAGUUGCAGCGAUGUCGAAUCAAGAAAAUGAAGAUUUAGACGGUUUCGGAUUCGGAUUAACUGUUGCCAACCAUAUACGUGCUGGACGUGAUUGGCCAGAGACAAUUCUAUUCCCACGUGUAGCUUAUUGUCGUGUCCCAGGUAUUCGCUUAGUCGGUGCUGAAAAUGCUUAUACGGCACAAUGUGCACUACCGAUAAAUAUGUUAAACGAGAAAAUUUAUAUAUUUUUCUGGUUUUGGAUCUGUUUCCUUAUAGCUGCCAGUAUAUUUAGUUUAAUAUUAUGGUUAGUAAGAAUGAUUAUCGCACCAAGACGUAAAGAUUUUAUCAAACGUUUCUUACGUAUUAAAGGAAUACGUUCAAGAACUGGUCAGGAGAUUACGCGUGCUGAUUUAGACGAAUUCAUUGAUGAUUACCUUCGCCGAGAUGGUGUAUUUUUAGUACGUAUGCUGGCCAUCAAUGCUGGUGAUGUGAUCACAUCUGAAAUUGUUAUGGCUUUAUAUGAACAUUACAUAGAUAAUGUUUAUUCAGUGGAUAAUACUCCACAGAAAAGUUUAGAGAAAGAACCAUUGAAAGAUGGAUCAGGUAUACCAUCAAAUUAUGUGUAAAGUUAUUCUUGUGUUUUUUCGUAUAUAUGUGUAUUUUUUAAUCCAUAACUAUUGCUCAUGAGUAUAUAGUUGCAUUAUAGCAGUAUUACAAACAAUAGUAAUAGUAUCUUACUAGGUAAAAGCUUAGCAUGGAUGUGUACAACACAAAACUGGUUUUUCCAGAUAUAACAAAUCUAUUUUUAAUUCUUGUUAUGGUUGUCGUUCGCACAGUUUAGAAUUUCUUACCACUUUUGUAAUGGUUUAAUUUUUAUAUCAACGAAACUGUACCACUUUUACGCCUACUAAUACUGAUUUCAAAUGCCUUACUUUUAUAAUGGGUUUUUUUAGCUUUUAUUAUUAUUACUAUUACGAUUACUAUUAGUAAUACUUUUAUCAACAAGUUUUUGAACAGUAUGUACGUGAAGAUCUGGAUUUCAUUGACCUGUUUUGAAAUUGUGUCUAUUCCUUCUUUUUAUAACUAACUUUUAUACUACUAUUACCAUAUAGUACUGUUUUUAUUGUUUUUAUUAUGCUUACGAUUAAUUACUACUAUUAUUAUUACUAUUCGUAUCUACCUUCCUUUAAAAACAACAAUUUAAUUGUACUGAAAUGAUUGCGAUUCUGAAAAUUUUUUCUACACUUUUGUGACAAUUAAUAAAAAUAAAGGAAUCUGUUGGGGCUUAUACAUUUGUUUUUCGAAAAAAGAGUGAACGGGGGUGUAGUUUGUAGGUACCAUUACGAAGGUAAUGAUAAUUCUGAUAAUUCUGAAUAAAUUGAGUAUUGGGUAGAUUGUUUUAAAUAAAAAAGUAUAUUUGUAAUAUAAUAUUCUUGCGUUGUUUCUUUGUGCUAUCUAAACCUGUAUUAAUUUUGAUUUGAUUAUUUAUUCUCUGAAGACGUGGCUUACACUGAGUCACGAAACGUCAGAAAAUCUGGUUUUUUUACUCAUUGGGAGUGUAGUUUGUUUCUCAUGUAUAAAAAAACUGGGAGUUAUGCUCCUCAAUUUAA